GAUGCAAGCAAGGAAAGUAGCAAAGCAUCGAAGCCGCACAAAGUAACCAAGGAGCACAGAGAGAGGCCAAGGAAAGACUCGGAGAGCAAAAACUCUUCCAAAGACCUUGAAAGAGAACAAAACAAGCCUUUGAAGGACUCCUCCAGAAAACCGACCGAGAACAAACUGCCUAAGGAGGAGAAGGCACCUCCAAAAGCUGCUUUCAAGGAACCAAAACUGGCCGUGAAGGAGACCAAACUGGAGAACACUUCUCCAAAGGGCGGGCCACAGCCGGAGUUAAAGUCUUCCAGCAAGAGGCCCUCCAAUGUGGAGUCACCAAAGCCUAGUGCCAAAAAACAAAAAAAGAGUAGCUCCAAAGGAGUGAAGAAUAUCCUGGGGACGUCUCCCAGAACCUCGUCUUCCUCAUAUCCAGAGAAGAAACAAACCAAGGAGAAGAUGAAUGCCAAAGUGGAAAAGGUGAAAUCUGAAAGCGAGGCCAAGGAGAUCAAAAAGCCUGUGGAAAUGGAGGAGUCGAACUCAGAGGAUGAAACUUCUUUCAAGUCAGAGUCUGUCCAGUCCAGCCCUUCCAACUCCAGCUCCAGCUCCGACUCCAGCUCUGACUCUGAUUUCGAGCCGUCUCAGAACCACAGUCAAGGCCCGCUGCGCUCCAUGGUGGAAGAUCUGCAGUCAGAGGAGUCUGAUGACGACGACAGCUCCUCUGGAGAAGAGGCAGCCGUCAAAGCCAACGCAGUCAGCCGGGAUUCCAGACUGAGCCUUAGUGACAGCGACAGUGAUAACAGUGCAGAUUCCUGUCUGCCAAGUCGAGAGCCACCUCCUGGCCAGAAACUGCCACCAGCAAAUAAUAAGGCAUCUGGAAGAAAAAGCCCAGAGUCUUGUAACAAGCCAGAGAAGAUUCUGAAGAAGGGAACGUAUGACAAGGCCUACACUGAUGAAUUAGUGGAGCUUCACAGGCGACUAAUGGCACUACGAGAGCGCAAUGUGCUACAGCAGAUUGUAAAUCUCAUUGAGGAAACCGGGCAUUUUAACGUUACCAACACAACCUUUGACUUUGACCUCUUCUCCUUGGAUGAGACGACCGUCCGUAAGCUGCAGAGCUACUUGGAAGCGGUGGCGACAUGA